AUGUUUUACGUCGCAAAGGUUGGUUUAGGUACGUUUCCAGGUAGACGACAACCAUUCAAUAAUUACUAUUUGAUGGUUGAUUCAGGUAGUGAUGAGACGUGGGUUCAAUGCGAAGGUGCCACUGAAGCUUUUAAUCAAGAUAUGUCACUUUAUCCUUGGAAUUUGUCAACUACAUAUCAUUAUGUGCCUUGUAAUACACAUACUCAUUGCGUGAAAGAAAACUGCAAUUCUAAUGGUCAAUGCACUUAUACAACUGACUACGCGAGUGGAUCAUCAUUAUUUGGUAUCUUUGCUGUAGAAAAAUUCACUCUAGGUUCCGAUACUGGUGGAUUUGAAAAUAUUGAAUUACACACGGGUUGUGGUUUCCGUCAAGAGAACUUUGAAAAUUUUAUCGGUAAUAAUCAUUUACAUGGUAAACCAGAUAUUAUUGCAGGAAUACUAGGGUUAGGAUCCGGAAAAUGA